AGGGCCAGGCAGUGGACCGGAGCAAUCAAUAGCAGGGCGGGGAGAAGGAGGCGGGAGACUGGGUCAAAGGAAAGGAGAGAAGGGGAGGGGAGAGGAGGCACCCCCCAACCCAGCCACAGCAGUAGGCCCGGGCUCCUUGGCCACCAGGACCCCCUCGCCCGAUGGGGGGAGCAGCAACGGCGUCAGGGCCGUAGAGACCCCCACCAGCCCCAGAGGGGUUGGGUCCCUCCUCGCCCCAGGUUGAAUGGAGCCACGGGAGGGCGAAGGGGAGGGGGACGGGGGACCAGCGGCUCCUGAUGCAUUGGGGAGCAGCCUGUCCCUGGCAGCCGCCAUAGGGCCCCCCAGCUUCGAGUCGCUGCUCUCGCAGGUGGGGGUGGUGGGGAGGGCCCAGCAGGUGCAGCUGGGGUUGAGCUGCCUGCCCCUGCUGUUCGUGGCCCUGGGUCUGGCCUCAGACCCCAUCCUCACGCUGGUGCCGCCCCUGAGAUGCCGCCAGACCAAUGCCUCAGGGUGGGAGCCGCCCCUCAACACCAGCGAAGAGGCCUGCUCCCCACCCCCACCCAACAGCACCCGAUGCCCCCAUGGCUGGGACUAUAGUGGUCUCCCUGUCCUCACCAGCAACAUGGUCACUCAGUGGGACCUAGUCUGUGAAAGGGGCUGGGAGGUAACCCUGGAGCAGAUCCUCUUCCUUUUGGGCUUUGCCUGUGGCUACCUGGGUCUGGGCCAUCCUACAGACAGGGUAGGACGUCGAGGGGUUGUACUGCUGGCCUUGGGGCUGGCAGGACCCUGUGGGGUAGGAGGGGCUGCAGCUGGCUCCCCGCCUGGUCUUACUGCUCUCCGAUUCCUCCUGGGCUUCAUGCUAGCUGGGGCUGACCUUGGCCUUUACCUGACCCGCCUGGAGUUAUGUGAGCCCUCCCAGCGGCUCCGGGCAGUCCUGGCCGGAGAGCUGAUGGGAGUAGUGGGACAGUUUCUGCUCCUGGGCCUGGCUCUGGCCUGCAAGGACUGGAGACUUCUGCUCAGAUUGAUCACAGCUCCCUGUAUUCUCUUCCUGCUGUAUGGCUGGCCAGGUCUGUUCCUGGAGUCUUCAAGGUGGCUAUUGGCGUCUCGUCGGACAACAGAAGCCCAGGCUGUGUUGAGAGUUCUGGCUCAAAGGAACAGACCCCAAGGGGAGCCACUGGGGAAUGAGGCUGAAGAAGCCCUGCGAGAUCUGGAGAAUACUUGUCCCCUUCCUGCAACUGCCCAGAUCUCCCUCUCAGCCUUACUCAGCUGUCGGAACAUCUGGAAAAAUCUGCUUAUCCUGGGCUUCACCACCUUCAUUGCCCAUGGGAUUAGGCAUUGCUACCAGCUUGUGGGAGGAGGAGUGGGACGAAAGUCCCAGGUCGACUUCAACCUGUAUUCCCUGCUGGCUGGUGGCACAGCAGGCUUGGCCUGUAUCUUCCUUGGGGUUACCGUUGACCGUUUCGGCCGCCGGGGCAUCCUGCUGCUCACUAUGACCCUCACUGGCAUUGCCUCUCUUGUGCUGCUGGGCCUGAGAGACUAUCUGAAUGAUAUGGCUGUCACUACCUUCUCAGUGCUCGGACUCUUCUUUUCCCAUGCUGCUGGUGUCCUCAGCAUUCUUCUUGCCGCAGAGGUCAUCCCUACAACAGUCCGGGGACGGGGCCUGGGCCUAAUCCUGGCACUGGGGGCCCUAGGCCAGCUGAGUGGUCCAGUACAGAGGCUCCAUGCCGGUCGAGGUGCCUUCUUGCAGCAUGUGGUCUUGGCAGCCUGUGCCCUUCUCUGCAUCCUCAGCAUCAUGCUGCUGCCUGAGAGCAAACGCAAGGCCCUUCCAGAGGCCCUGAGGGAUGGGGAACUCUGUCGUCGGCCCUCCUUGCUAAGGCCACCACCCCCAACCCGCUGUGACCAUGUCCCAUUGCUUGCCACGCCAACGCCUGCCCUCUGAGUGCCACUGGAGGGAUGCUGACAGGAGAAUGGAGGGCACUACUUUUGAAAUGCAAAGAGGCUAACAGAUGCCAUGACGGAGAUGGGAAACACCAUAGCAUGCCAUGCUGGAUAUAGGAAGGCCAAGCUACACCAAGAGUAGACCCACGAGGGAAAUCUGACCACAGACAUGAAGGAAGCUGAGUGAACCUCAUCCAAUAGGAAGAUGAUGUAUACCAAGAAGACCACGUGGAAAGUGGAGCUAAGUACAUUCCAGCCCAUGGGAUGCCACAUUUAGAUGAGGGGAGAUCAAAGCCUGCUUCACUUACUCUUCCCUGCUACUUUGUGGUCCCCCUCAAGACCAGUGUCUCAGGGAGGGGUCAUGGGGCUCUGUACAGUGAUCCCCUUGCAGAGAACACAGGUGUGGACUGCAGUAAGAACAGCAGAAUUCUCUCUAGUCUCACCCAGGGAGACCCAGACCUCACACACUGGGCCUACUACUUAUAUUUCAAGAAAGGAAUUUCAAAUGCAAGAAUAAUUGAGGAGCCUGAACUUUCCUCUCUUUUCUGGCUCUAUCCCUCUACAUGAAAGUUUUUUGCAAUGGAAGGGUAUCUCUGAGAUCUAAAACAUACCAGUCUCCCACCCUACCAUUUCCUUCCUCUCUCUGGGCUCUGGAGAAAUGAUGUUGCUACUUUCCUUCAUCAGUCACCAUCCCAUGAACAGCUACUAGAAGGCAGAUGAUAGAAGACAGUAGGCACAUUUGCCUUAAUGGGGCUGGAAGGUUUCAUUUUGGGAUCUGCUCUGUCCUCAGUUACCACAUCUAAAUUCCUUCAAGAAAAAUUUAGAUGCAGGAAUGGGAAGCAGCCGCCCAAACCAGGAGCUGAUUAACAGCCUUAAGAAUUGCUUCUUUCAUGCAACAAGUAUUUAUUGAGCCUACUGUGUGUCCUAGACCCUUUGGGAAGAUAUAAGGAAGCGCUGGACAACAGUUUCUGCCCUCAAGGAGCAUAUUAUCAUUUGGUUGGGGAGUCAAGAUGCAUAUGUAAAAACUAAACAAUACCAAGGCAGGAUGCAUGAACAGGCCUAAGAGCUCAGAACAUUGAAGCUUGCCUCCGAGUCGCCUUACUCAGAUAUGAAACGGGGUUCCUAUUGCUCGCAUUACCUCCUUGACUAUGUUGAUGGGAAGAAAAUGCUUGUAAAUUACAACGUCCUAGAAAAAUGUAAGCUAUUAUUAUUACAAGUGCCAGUAAGAGUUUAGAGGAGGAAGAGGGCAUCUAAAAUAGAAAGCAGAGUAGGAUGGGGGUAGAGUGCUGGACUUGUAGUCCAAUGACCUGGUCAGAGGUCCUGAGUUCAAAUCCCACUUCUGCUACUGCUUAUGUAACCUUAUUAUGAGUCACUUCUCUAUGGAUUUCAGUGUCCUAAACCUUAAGAUAAAUUUAAAGGUCUCUUUCAGCUCUAAAUUUAUGAUCUUUGAUCUAUGCUAAUCGGGACAUUAGAGCUUAGAGAUUAUCUAAUCCAAUCCCCUCAUUUUACAGACAGGGAAACUGAGGUCCAGAGAAGUAGUCAUUGUAGGCUGAAGUGACCUGAGGACUUCACUAAGGGUAUUUGGAGGGGGACAGGAGGAUAAGGGUCUCCAUUUGGGCCUUGAAAGUAGGGUUUAUUUAGAUAAAGACCAAGGAAAAAGACAUUUCCAGCAUGUGGACAAAGCAUGUAGGUAUAGAAUAAGCAUAGUAUUUUCAAGGUCAGUUGUUUCAUUACCUCUUGGUAAUAACAGCUCUUUUAAGGAAAGUAUAACCCCAGGGCUAUGUGGACCAAUAAAAUCAUAUAUGAGACAGCAUUCUGAGAUCUUUAGGGGGGGAAAUAUCCUAUAUAAAUCUAAAGCUGUCCCCUACUGGAACAGGAGAACAAAUUCCUUUGGAAUGCUUCGCUAAAAGGGCAAUGCUCUUGAAAUUUGAAUCAAGAAAAUAUGGGAUGCAUGGUCAUUAUAAGUAUACAAGAAAGGACAGUGGGAGUCAGAAUUCCACCUGUAACCUAGGGUUAUUGGUAAUAUGGAAAUAAUGCCCAUCCCAGAUAUACCUCUGGAGGGUCUGUGUGAACUAUUAAAAUCACAUGAGAAAGGUCUUUUGAGUACUUUGAAAAAGAGAUUUUAUAAAAAUCUCAGACUGCUUUAUUUGUUAAUGAUUUGGUAUUGUAUAUGCUAUUGAGUAGUACAAUAAUUUCAAAAGUAAUGACAAAAAUGAGCUAAUUUCCUUGUCAA